GCCCCAGGCCCCAGCCCAGGCCCAAGGAGGGCCGCUCGUUCUGUCUUCUAGCCUCCGCAGGAUCGACGUCCUCGGGUCACAGCGGUCAUGAUGCAGCUCCUGAUGAGGGUGCCUUCUCUUCCCGAGCGGGGUGAGCUGGACUGCAACAUCUGCUACCGACCCUUCAACCUCGGGGCCCGCGCGCCCCGCCGCCUGCCCGGCACGGCGCGCGCCCGCUGCGGCCACACACUGUGCACCGCUUGCCUGCGCGAGCUGGCGGCGCGGGGAGACGGCAGCCGCACGGCCGCGCGCGUGGUGCGCCUGCGCCGCGCUGUCACGUGCCCAUUCUGCCGCGCGCCUUCCCCGCUCCCGCGCGGCGGCGUCGGGGAGAUCGCGCUAGACCCCGACUUAUGGUCACGGUUGGAGGAAAAGGCGCGGGCUGAGCGUGAACGAGACCCGAUGGGGAGCCCGGCCAAGGAAAGCGCAGACAACGGAGAGGACGACGACGGGGAAGACGACCGCGAGAAGGGGGCGGGACCUACAAGUGCGGGUUGGCGCGCGCUACGCCGAAUCGUGGACAGGGUCCUGGCGCCGGCGCGCCGCUUGCGGCGUCCGUUGCCUAGCAAUGUGCUCUACUGUCCAGAGGUCAAGGACAUUGCCCACAUGACCCGCUGCACGCUGUAACGGAAGAACCUGGAAGCUAUGGCAGAAGGCAGGUGGGAGCAGCAUCUUCGGGUGUGCACUACUUCAAAGGCUUGAUGUGAAGACUGCCCCCUCUGAUGCUGGAAUUGGUACGUUCCUGAUGGAGUUGAACAGAAAGUACCCUAGGUGGUGUGAACUUUGAGUGAUGGAGGCUCCUAAGACUGUGUCGGCUUUACAUUGUGUUUGGAUGGAAGUGGCCAAGGGAUAAUAGAAACAAAUCGUACCAUAAUGUGGGAAGAAAACAUACAAAGCUAUAUAGCUUUGGUGUUCAUUCAGGGAGACUAUGGUUUAAGAAACAGAUCCUACUUUAGCAGUGGCCAAUGGUUGGAAAUGUUUACUUAAAAAGAUUCUGGACUGGGAUAAGCUAAUUAUCACGCCAGUCCCACUUAACCUGGUUAUGUGUGUAUGCUGGCAUGCUAUCUUCCCACUCUUGGUUCCUUGUUCCAGAAAUUACUGAGUUGCCUCCCUGAUUAUGAUUGGAAGCUUGCAUACACAGUCUCCCUUCAGCAUAAGGCAGGUAUGAAAAUGUCCAAGGGGCGUUCAUGUGAGGCCUUAAUUAAGGUUUAUCAGGGAUGGGUAAGCCAUUUGAUAAAGGAGUCAAAAUUUAACCUCUAUCUGUUAUCUUUACAGACUGUAACAAUACUGAAAAAAAAAAGAUGCUCACAUAAUUUUAAGUUUGUGUCCCAUAAUGGGACAUUGCUUAUUAUAUGUGAUUAGUUCUGUUUUAAAGUCCUGUAAAUAUCUUACUAUAGACUUAACAAGACCAGCAAUGUUGGUCUCACAGCUUGCUAGAAGUGCAGAAUUUCAGGACCCCAGUCCACAUUCCCUGACUACAUUUUCAGAAUCCCAGGCAAUCCAUGUGUAAGAAGCAUGGUUCGUUCAGUUCUUAGUCACCCUGGGAUGUCAUCAUCAUCAUCUGUGGGUGGAACCAUUAAAACACUAAUGACACCCUACUUUAAAGUGACAUUCUAUUGUGAAAGAAAACAUGUUUUUUCUGAGCUAAAAAUGUGAAUUUACAAUAGUCCUCAGUUUUCAGAGGUCUUUAAGAACUUUUUAUUGACAAAUAGUGUCUAGUUAUAGAGUGUAAACCUCCACUUUAAAAAAUAUUUUGUCGUUUUUCUGUCCUUAAUUUCAUCUUAAUUCCCUUUUGGAGGCCAGUGUGUAAUGUGCCUUAUUGUCAUAUUUCUGUAUGUGUUGUCAAAAUGAAUGCUAUAUUUGUUUUGUAAUGUUUUGAGUGUUUCCAGAGCCAAUAGCAGUGUUAAUGUAUAAUAUGUACUCUAAAAAUGUUUGCUGAAUAAUCUGUUUUUAAUGUUAUAUAAAAAUAAAGUAUCUGGGCUCACUCAA